CUGAUCUCCCACACAGCGAGCCUAAGCAGGACGGUGGAGAUCAGACUGGUGGAUCUCGCGUUCGUGCGCCAGAGCGCGGAUCAGCCCGGACUCGAACCUCCGACAGGACCGACAUGGUGCCUCCCGCUCUGACAUGGAUCGCCUCCAGUUUUCUUCUAGGGGUCUGGGUGUCCGCGUCAGCACAAGUUCUGCCGCCGAGAAACCUGUCCGUGCGCUGGAUAAACGCCUUCCAACCGGAGUUCUCCUGGGAGCCUCCGCCGCACCCGGUGACAAACUGCACCUACAUCCUGUUUUACAGAGGAAAGCCUGAUUACUCCGGAGAAAAUAUUUUGAAUAUUAACGAGCAGAAAAUGAUAGCAGACCCAUUUGUGAUGGACGGAGGAUUUCUGCGAUGGUCCGUAAAAACGUCUUGUGACGGCCGUGAGAGCGAGGAGGCCGUCAUGGAAGUUACUCAGCCAGAGCUGGUACAGGACCUGCAGUGUUACGGCUACACAGCCGCCAUCAUGAAGUGCUCCUGGUCACCGGCCGCCGACGCUCCAGACGUGGCGUUCUUCUGGACUAACGCUCCCGGCUCCUCGCCGCUCCAAGAAUGUUCGUCGUACAGCGAAGUCCAGGACCAGAAGAGAGGCUGCGAUGUGCAGAUUUCAGAGAACAAAGAGUUCUUCAUCUUGAUUAAUGGGACUCUGAACAGCACUGCGGUCAGGAACAGCUUUGGGUGGCAUUCCUACACGCUUGUGAGACCUCCUCCUCUCAACUGGACCGUCACAAAAAGCGGAAAAAACUUCCAGAUCCACUGGAUUCCUCCGAGCGUCCUGAGCCUGACGCAGUGGAAAUUCCUGAUAAAUCUCACCGAAUGUGGCGAAAAAAAGGAUAUUAGGGUUCAAGCACAGACGUCCUAUGUGCUGGGUGUGAAGCGUCAGUGCGCCUACUGCAUGACGAUCAGAGCUGAGAGCCGUAAGGGGAAUUCCCUAACCAGCCAGGAGGCCUGCUUUGAGGCUGAUGCAGAGAAUAACUGGCUGCUGUACGCUGCCAUUACCAUCCCUGUCUUGGUGGCUUUUGUGGCAACCUUGACCUUUGUGUGCUGCACAAAAAACAAGGACAAGAUCUUCCUAAAGGUCCCAGAGCCGCGGGAUCUCAUCACAGACAACAACAAUAAGAGCACUUUCAGCAACUUGUACAUCCCAGCUGAGGAAGAGCGCUGCUGUCAAAUCAAUCUGCUCAUAGAUAAGCAGGCUGGCGAACCGCACUGCUGACGCGUCUCCAACCGGCCAAAUGUCUGUGAACAAACUCCAUCAGCUGAAGUCGAACUUCACACUUUUCUAAAUGUCACCAGGCCAAAGUACUUCUGUUAUUUUUUUUAAGAAAGCGAACCCUUACUUGGGCUCAAAAAAGGGACCAGAAAAGCGGUUGCUGUGUGGAAGUUCCUGCUUCAAACAUAGAAUCCUGCAUUUAACCAGCGGGAGGUGUUUUUUCUUAUCAGCUGCUGCUGAUCAUAGAGAAGUUCAUGGAUUAAGCAUCAAAACCAUUUCUGUUUGUGAAAAUGUAGCAAAAAGCAGUUCACUUAUGAAGUAUACUUGAGUAAAAGUAUAGCUCCUGUACCAUAGACAAAGUACAUGUAGUGUUGGAAGUAACUGAAUACUUCUUCAGACUAAAUUGGAACAUUCUAAUUUCACAAUAAACUUCAGGUAUCACCUUUAGUAUAGACUACUUGUAGUGCGCUUUAAUAGACUACUGCCUUGCUAAAGGGUCGUCCUCAGAGGAUUUGGCGAUACAAUGGCCUCUCAGUGUUGUAUUCGGACCCUUGGAUGUGUAUUUUAGGAGCUGAAGGGUAAUCGGGUGCACGUCCGUUCAGUUCCCAGGCUGAGGAGGAUUCAUGCAAACGAGGCAACCAGCGGUAAUUUUCCUAACAGUCCCGCAGCAGCUGGAACAGAAACUGCCGGGACCGGAAGUUGAUGAUUCAGAGAAGUUUUCCACGUGAGGAGCUGCCUUGGUGCAGGCAAACUGUGACCUGCGUGCCACCAGAAGGAUCCGAAAUCCUUUUUGCACAAAAGCAGAUGACGUUUCCGGAGUCUUUAAUGAAGGAAGGAAGGAAGGAAGGAAGGAAAGUCUUUACUGUUUUCUGGCCUGAAAUGUUUCAGCUUUUUUGUGGACGUUAUUGUCUUUGAAUGUUUGCGGUUUCCAUAAAGCCUUUAAACUCCAAUUCUAAGACUCCAAAUGAAUUCAGCCUAAAGAAAUUGACUGAAAACUGUCCUUUGAUGUGAAUCUAAGGCUGGCAAAGAGAAAACAUCUACAGCAUGGUUGGAGGUGUUGGUCCAUUGCUCUUCCUGCUGGUGUAUGGGGGGGGGUUGUUGAGAUUUGCACAGAGUCCUAUAAAGGUCAAGAAUGACGUUUACUUCCAUUUGGGUCUGGGUGUAACAGGAGUUUGGGGAAUUUCGGGGGAGUGGUAACGGCUGGAUGUACAGGUGUGCAGGACAGAAGAGUGUUUGUGCGCCGAGACGCACCACAGUCAAGCAUUUCCAUAUAAAUGUUUUACCCAGAAACUGAAAACAAAGUAAGGUUUGCUGCAGAACUGCUGACUCGAGACUGAAGUCUUGUUGCUUAUCAGACUGCUGUGCGUGUAGAAUAAAGCGUUUGUGCAGACUUGUGGGUACAGAGCAGACCUCAAAAGGAAGUUUGGGAGUGUGAGGAUCUUAGUUCUUGUUUUUUUUUGUUUUUUUUGUGAGUCUGCAGCAGGCCAUCGGAAGGACCUGACUGCACAAAAGCUGCUGAACUGCAUCCACUGAAGCUGCUGAGGAGCGUGGAGGUGUUUGUGCGUCACUGCAUGGAUGUAAAUUUCUGGAACAGACUCCUCGCUCACAUGUCCUCAUUUGUCUGAGCCUCAGCAGAAAAGCUGUGCCGUUCGUUUUAGAAUUUGCUUAUCCCGCUGGUGUGUUUUUAAGGCUUCCCCUCCUUUAUGUUGGGGCGGAUUGUUUCUCAGAGGACUCAUUUAGUGUGACUGUAAAUACAUUUGAAAAUUCACUGCACUCUCUUGUUUGAUUCUUUUUGUUUUUUGUUUUAAGAAAUGUCGCCUUAUAGGACCCACUGGACAAAACUCUUAAAAAACUGAAAGAAUCGAACUGGAAAAAGGCGCAGAGUAUCGAUUUGACACAAACCACAUCAGAGCAUCCGUGCAGAUUUUCAGUCAUCGGGUCAUUUUUACCCCAGAAGUCUGUUCUCUGGGUGAACUACAGAGUCCAGGUCUGACUUUUUCUCCAACUUCUCCCAUUUUGUCGUCGGGGAGGAAGCAGUCUGUGCUGCUCGGUUAGAAAAAGGAACAGGAACUUUGUUAGUUGAAGAUGCUUCAACACUUACGAAGGACAGUGAUGUUUCUGUGGCUCCCCUUCUUUCCUGGGUUUCCUUGGUUGUCUCAGUCGUCCUUUUCUUGGAUUUCACCAAAGGUAGAAGUGCAGCUCCAGGGAGCAGCGUUGAUGUUUGCAGGCCUGGUUUGUGUCUUGUGCUUCUAGUGGGUGAUGGCAGUCAAAUGUAACAUCUGUGCACCUCAAACGCCGAUGGGCAUGAGCAAAAGUUCCGGAUUGGGUUGUGUUUGAUCAACAAAAUGAUGCAUUCAACUCAAUGAAACCUUCUCAGAGUUCAAAACCUGUAAUGUUUAACAUUUCCUUGGCAGCUGUAAAUGUGUCUCAUUUUUGUCAUGCAUUCUGAUUUUAAAUAAAGCUGUUGUGCAUUUAAAUCAA